GUAUGCGCAGCCCUUCGGAGCCCGUGAGGCAGAGGUGUCCGGGCAGUUGGGGGGUAACGUUAGGGAGUGUGUAGCUGGCAUUGGAUCAGGCCUGUGGAUGCGUUUGCUUGCAGUUUCCUUGCUUAAUCGCUUCUAGGUCGAGAGUGUCGUGAAACCUUGUUGCCGAUCCUGCCAAACACGACCAGAGAGCUCUCCAGCCCACCCACCUCACUUGGGCGAGCAUGGCCCGGGGGGGAACCCCAGUUUAGUGCAGCCGCUAUGUUAGCGUUGAAACUUCUCAGGGGCCAGAGCUACCCCGCCGUGAACCCCUCCAUCAACCCCUGAGCAGCCCAGGGCUCCGACCUCAAACUGCAACAACAUCCCAGACCAUAGCGCAUAUAGGUACAAAAAUGGCAGAAGUCGACCUUCAAGCCGUGCUCGACACGCUCGUGUCGGUCGCCUUCGAGGCGGGCCGCAUGAUCCUGGCCGCCAACACAAACAGCAUCUCGCCCGACACCAAGCUGAACGCCGUCGACAUCGUAACCGAGACCGACCGCGCAGUCGAAGCCCACGUCUCGGCGCGGCUGCGCGCGGCGUACCCGACCUUCGCCUUCGUCGGCGAGGAGACGUACGUGGCCGGGCAGACGCGCAUCACGGACGCGCCGACCUUCAUCGUCGACCCCAUCGACGGCACCACCAACUUCGUGCACGCCUUCCCGCACGCCUGCAUCUCGCUCGGCCUGGCCGUCGGCCGCGCCCCCGCCGUCGGCGUCGUCUACAACCCCUUCCUCGACGUCCUGUACACCGGCGUGCGCGGCGCCGGCAGCUACAUGCAGCGCAACGCGUCGCUGCCGGAGGGCCGCGGCCGCGGCGAGCGGGUGCGCUUGCCGCUCGGCGGGCAGAGCCCGCCGCCGCUGGGCGGGCUGAGCUCGGCGCUGGUGUCGAUCGAGUGGGGCAGCCAGCGGGAGGGGCCGAAUUUCGAGCUGAAGGCGCAGGCGUUUCGGCGGCUGGCGGCCGCGCGCGAGGCCGGCGGGGGCAUGGUCGGCGGCAUGCGGUCGCUGGGGAGUGCGGCGCUCAAUCUGUGCGCCUGCGCGGCCGGCCAGCUGGAUCUGUACUGGGAGGGCGGGUGUUACGCGUGGGAUGUCGCGGCCGGGUGGUGCAUCCUGAACGAGGCGGGGGGCAUGAUGGUGAGCGGGAACCCCGGCGGGUGGGAGACGGAGCUCGAUUCGAGGGUGUACCUCGCGGUGAGGGGCGCCAGCAGCGGGCAGAAAGAGCUUGUGGAAGAGUUUUGGAAAGUUCUUGGCGAUGGCAAGAUGGAUUACAAGCAUUAGGGAAUACGCAUGGCUAGACUGAGUCCUGGUUGGGUAUAUCGGGGCUAUAGAACUGAACAAUAGAAGAGGAGAGCUUAGAGUGGGAGCGUCACAGCGGCAUGGACAUAGGUACUUAUAUCGGGUCGCUGAUCGCUGGGAGGUACGCUCAGGGACCAUGGGAAGGGGCUGGUCGAGCGAGGCUACUUACCACGGCUUCCGAUAACGUGCACGCAGCAGAGUCACUACAGAUAGCAGUACAAGAAGGACAGCCAGCAGCGGUGGCAAUGAAGCUAUCGCUGCCAGCACCGCAAACCACAUCACGGGUUACGGCGCUAACGCGGUAUUCAAAGCUACAAAUAGCCACACCAGCACAAGGAACAGUAAUGCAGACAACAAUACGGCUGGGGAGUAGGAGCAAGGAAAAAGCGGCGUCGUAAGCAGCACUACGG